CGGGUCAACGGGCUUCACUUCCGCCGGACGGAUGGGCAAUGGCGGCUCCCUUAGAGUUGUUUUGCUGGAAGGGAGACUGGGGCUUGCCGUCUGUGGACACUGAGAGCCUGAUGGUCCUGGCCUAUGCUCGGUUUUCAGGAGCCCCCGUCAGAGUGCACAAGCUCAGCAAUCCCUGGAGGAGUCCCUCGGGGGUUUUGCCAGCACUGAAGACUGAGAAAGAUGUUGUGUCACACCCUCUCCAGAUCCUUGCCUACCUCAGGAAACGGAAGUACAAUGCUGAUUACGGGCUCUCAGCAACACAGGCAGCGGACACACUUGCCUUUGCCUCCCUGAUAGAAGAGAAGUUACUACCUGCACUGAUCUACAUGUUUUGGGUUGACUCCAAGAAUUAUGUAUCGUUCACAAGGCCCUGGUACGGAGAGGCAAUACCAUUCCCACUGAAUUUUUUCCUCCCGAACCGCAUGCACACGCGCUUCCUGGACCGUCUUCGCCUGAUCCGUGGUGGCCAGUGGCAUGACAAUGAGGAGGAAGCAGAGAAUGAGAUCUACAAAGAGGCCCGUGAGUGCCUAACGCUGCUGUCUCAGAGGCUGGGGUCACUUAAAUUCUUUUUUGGAGAUUCACCCAGCUCCUUAGAUGCCAUUGUAUUUGGACAUUUGGCACCAAUUCUGAAGGCAAAACUACCCAACAGUAAACUGCAGCAACAUCUGCGCUCUCUUGACAACCUGUGUGCACUCUGCACGUCCAUCCUUGGUCUGUAUUUUCCAAAUGACAGUUCAGACGCUGACCGUAGCUCCAAGAAAGUUCCCCGGAAUAACUCAUCAGAUUCCGAUGAGGACCCUCACAAGAGACGCAGUCAGGUCCUCUCGGUGCUGGUGGGGCUCUCUGCCAUGAUUGGUUACGCUUUCCUCAGUGGUAUUCUCUCCAUCCAACGGGUAUCAACUCAUAAUGCACUGAGGCAGCCCUCCCCGCUGGAAGAUGACGAUGUUGAUGAGGGACAGUGAGAGUCUGAGUUCUGGGGGUCAGUAAUAAGAGUGAAGGGCAUGGGGUUGGGGAGGAGGAGGACGACGACUGUUGCAUGUAAGUGGGACCAUUUUGUCAAGUAACAGAUGUAUGGCCUGACAAUAGAUUUGAGCACUUAUCCAUUUGUAUUCUGUAACAGCUGAAGAUACAGUAAGUUCAGGAUCUUAAAACCUACAGCCAAACCUACUGGGCCAAAAGAAAUGAUAUGAUGUCCCCAAUUUGUUGAUAUGGGGAAAGGUGCUGUGAAUGUAGCUCCCACUGUAACAGUGUGAUGACAGGAACAGUGUCUCACUUCUUUGAUAAUUCAUAUCUAGUAUUAAAAUAACAUUUCAUUGUUAGUUAUUGAGGUUUGAAGCCAGGAAUCAAAUACUGUGUAAUUCAAAGGCAAGGUUGUAUUUUGAAACACAAGGCCUAAGUACAAAUUCUUGUAAAACUGAAAUAAAAUCUCUGAUGUUUAUUAACCCAAA